AUGUCAGUGCUCUCUUUAAUUGAGUUCCUACACAGCCGGGGUGUCAGUUACGUGCUUACAGCAAGAUUGAGUCAAGAUCCCCAUGAGAGGUUCUUUGGACUUGUCAGAUCAUUUGGGGGAGACAAAGAUCAUCCUACCGUAACAAACUUCGGUCAGUUAUUUCGCCUACUUUCGCUUUACACUCCAGUUAAAUUGGCAGUGAAAGGAAACUGUGAGGGAGGCAAUGACCAAGUUUUGCUUAGUGCAUUCGACAGCCUUGGUGAAAAGCGCCGUGAGGCACUUAGAAAAAAAAACGCAGUAAAGGAAGAGGUGUGGAAGCGACUGAAAUGCAUACCAUUCAAUGACUUGUGCAACCUCCCCGAUGAUCACACGUACAAUGUGUUGUCGCCAGAAGAGACUGCACAGUAUUAUUUAGCUGGCUAUGUCACAUUUAAAGUUAACAGAGCUGCAGAUUGUGCUGAUUGCAAGAAAGAUCUCGUUGGUUCCCAGGAUGCCCUUCCUGCAGAAGCACUGCUAAUCAUUGAACGUGCUCACGUUUCUGGUUGCCUUGUAUACCCAUCCAGAAAAUUAUUUGCAUGCAUAAGUACCAUUGAGAAAACAGUGAGUCAAGCAAGUGAACAAGCUACAUUUGGUGAUCUUUUUUGGAGGGUUCUUGAUAGCCUUAUUGAAAAUGGCACCAACACAGUUGGCUGUUCACAACACUGCAGCGAAUUCACUGGUAAAGUGAUCCAUUUUUAUUUAGUUACUCGAAUGCAUUUCUUUGCUCGCAAAAAGUGCCAAGAGAACGACUCCGCAGUCAAAGCACAAAGAGAGAGAAAGAAGGCAAAAGUUGUUUGAAAUUGCACAGUUGUUUCCUGAAGUGUGUAAAUAAAGAAGAUUGCAUUUU